AUGGUUCUUUAUUCUGUAAAGUUUUUCAUAGAAAGAAAAGAAAGAAAGAAAGAAAGAAAGAAAGAAAGAAAGAAAGAAAAAAAAAGGAGGACAGUGGCAACCCCAGCUGUAAUGGGUGCGGAUAAUCCGGGAAAGAACAAUUCAGGUUUGGGUCGUCGUGACCGUUGUCGUUAUCCUUUUGUAAAAAUGAAUGUUUCUUUUCUUAUUUUUUCUCUCAAAAAGAUAGAUUUUAAUUUUUUUAAGGCAGAGGCAGUAUUACAUUUACCUGUAUUAUAUUAUAGUCAGCGACACCGAAAUUUAAGAUUAACAAUGAUGUCAAAUGAAACAGAACAUCCUGGAGUGGAAAGGCAUCCUUCCUACAACAAUCGUUAUAGAACUUCUAGCAAUAGCAGUGAUAUACCAACUCAUCAUCAAGCACGUAGACUGUCGAGCAUCUCAGAAAUCAUGGAUGGCGCUGUGGACUUUGGAAAACUGUCCUUCUCGGAAUCUUACUAUCCCUCGCAAACCCAGAGAAAGUUGAGUAGAAUGACUUCGCGUGAUUCCUGCCAUUCAGAUGAUGUCUUCAUGGAAAGUGGGGGACAUCCUUCAACAUCCGGAAUCAAUAUGAAUAAGAAGUCUCCACUAGAAGCAACAGUGUCUUCGGCGUCUUCUGCCAGCAUACUUCCAAAUCCAUACAACAGAAUAAACCACAAAAUCCACAGUAUAUUCUGGUGUGCUUGUUGUUUUUACUUCGUGUUUUUCUGUUGUAUGCCAGCCGUAAAGUUCAUGGAAAUGUCGGAUAAAGAAUAUCGACGGGGAAAUGACAUCAUGGCACAAAAAUAUGGUCGACGAGCACGUACAUGGCUUCAUGAGGUUAUCAAGCUCCGAGACACUGUUGCGUACUAAACAUAAGUGAUAUUUCCCAUUUAUAUUUGGCGAGGAUAGCGUUCUGCACUCUUUCCACACCACAUCAUAUAUUUUGUCCGCAUUUUAUAUAACGUGCUUGAGGUUCAGUCCGUGAAUACAGUGCCAUUUAAUUCAUAAAUGGGACCAAUUAGAGGGACAAGAUUCAGCCCAGGAUUGUGUACACCCCUCUGUCUCUAGAUAAUGAGAUAAUUAUAUGAUUCUUUCAGCUUUUCUAGAUGUGCAAUUAUUUAGAUUCAUAUAGGUCGCAAUUAGUUUCUCAGUGUGUUGUUUUUUUUUUUCAAUUUAUAAUUCACAUUUUGUUACUAAAUGUGCUGUUAUUUACAUUUAUAUGUCAAAAUUAGUUUUUAUGCCAUUAUUUACAUGUGUCACAAUUAGAUUCUUACUGUGUUUUAUUUACAUGUGUCACAAUUAGAUUCUUACUGUGUUUUAUUUACAAACUGUGUCACAAUUAUAUUCUUACUGUGUUUUAUUUACGUGUGUCACAAUUAGAUUCUUACUGUGUUUUAUUUACAUAUUGUGUCACAAUUAGAUUCUUACUGUGUUUUAUUUACAU